AUGGUCACUGCCGACACUUCCGGUGGUAAUGCCACCGCCAUCUCGACCCAACCCCCGUCUGCCUCACUCAAGCGCAAGCGGGAAGACGGCACGUACGAUGCUGGACCGCGGGAACUACAGGACAGCGGGGUAGCUACGGCAGGAGCGGCUGUAGUUGAGGAAGCAGUCGUGGCAGCGUCGCCCCUUCGGAAUUUCCAGGGAUUGAAGGACUCGCGGCCCCCGACACCCUCCAAUUUCUGCGACAGCGAACCUCAUUUCAGCAUGUGGUUCACGGAGAUGCAGGCGCACAAGAGCUACACGCAUGAAGUCGCACUACCUAAGUCGUUCAAACUCGCUAACGACUGUCCUCUGCCGUCCUUUCUUCCUUUCACACCGACGACGAAAGCGGAACUAGUAUAUAAUACAUAUUUCGACAGCCUUAAGCAGUACGUUCGCUCCGACAACGACCCGGAGCAUCUGAAAACAUCUUCAAUAUUCUUGUGCGAGGCGUACGGCGCGUAUGCAGAGUCGCGACUCGCUAGCGAGGCUCUCCUCCGCUUGGGCCCCGACAGGGUGGUUAAGUUCGUAUUUGCGGAGUUGGGACAUCCGCCCUCCCCGGAGGACUUGAAAGUCGACAAGGCCCGUGAAUUGGCCGACCCACAAGGGCCACGGACCGUUCACGAACCCGAAUAUUGGAUCUUCCCCUCCAAAAUCGGGCCGAAUCGUGUUCCCAAAGGCGAUCUGAUGGUAGCGUGGGCCAUACUCCUGAGUGAGUUGGAUAGGAGCAUCCUCGCCGGCGCCAGUCGCCUGAACGACGCCCACUUUCUUGAACACCCCCGCCGCGCCGAUCGCGUGAUCGAACUUCCUGUCUUCUGGGUUGAAUACAAGAAGGAACCCACCAACCAAGCGAUGCACCAGUUGGAAAUGGACCUCAUAUCCUCGGCCAAAUAUCUUCACUACAUCGGUCUUGUGGACAUCACGAUUUGGGGUUUGAUGGUGUUUCGCGACGGGUACAACGUCCUCUCGGUCGAAAUCACUGAAAAUAUGAAGGGCCCAGUAAUCGUACAACACAGCCCAGAAAUACUCUAUUUUCCCUUCCACAGCUUCUUUGACUUCAUCAAGUUCUUCUACGUCCUCGCCGAUAUACGCAACCUCCUGCGUACUCAACUCAAGGACCGACACGUCAACGCUCGCGAUUUCAUCAACAAGGAAUCUUGGCGUGUCGGCCAUGCGCGCUUCGUCGAUAGGCAGCCCGGUGCUAAGGGCGGCGGUGCGAAGAAGUCCGGGAGUAAAGCUCCCAGCGCCGCAAGUAGCCCGGCGGGACCGAGUGGCUCGCCUUCCAUAGGAGGCAGUCAAGGCGGCGGGUACGGUCGUAGUGGAUAUAAUGAUGUCCAUAGUGAAAGCGGUGAAGUCAGCGAAGGCGAGAGUUCGAUCGGUAGCGGUGGCCGCGCUUUUGCAGUACUGGAGACGCCUGGCGGACAGGAAACCAACGACGGCGUACACGUUGUUGUGCCAUCUCACUUCAACACUGUGUCAGGCGCUCCGCACUUGGAGAUCCAGUCACCGGCCCCCAUACGCGCGUACAGCGUCCCGGGAAUGAUCUUCCACAAUGGCACAGACACUCAAGCUGGUCACGCCCGGAAACCGGAACUGCUCCCCGACAAUCUGAAUAUCGGCUCCAUACAUACCUUUUGA